GUAACCAAAUGUUGUACACAAAUUAUCGCAACGCAAGUGCCGAGUUUAUGUAGCCGCUGGAUGGCUAGCUAGCCUGCCAUUGAAGAGGAGAGAAGACAGCACUGCAGACAAGGUGCCACGAUGGAGGAGUUACUAGCAAUAUAAUGACAUUAUUAUCAAAGCUAGGUAGCUAAUUAUGCCACCGGCAUUUUGAUUAGCACAGCUAGCACACAUUCUUUGUGUCCGUGUGGAUAACACAUUUUAAGCCAGGACCAGUCUAGCAAUAUGAACAUAGCAUGCAGCCUACCUCUUGCAACAAAUUAUUGAACCAGCUAAGCUAGUUCUCUAGAUAACUAGCUUGGUAACUACACGGCACUGGCUGUCAAGUGGUUGAUGGUGGAAUUAGCUAGCUAACGUUACCUAACGCGUUAGCUAGCUAGCCUAUUGCAAGCCUAACAUUGCCCCCCGCCCGCAGCUGUCACCCGGAAGGCCGCUGGUCAGGGGUGGGCCCGGGGAUUGAACAACUUUCCUUGCCUAAAACGUCUGGAUGGACCGAGUAAAUAUAGCUAGUUGCCUAUAACUACCAUACGUGUGUAUAUAUAUAUAUAUAUCGCUGAGAAUGGAUUCCUCUUUGGCCUUCGGACGUGACGAGCAGUGUUUGGCAACUGUAAGAGGACAGGAGCUAAGGCUGUCUGGUCAGAAGGAGCCCAGGCUAUUGUCGCUGAUUGAGUGCUCUGGGGAGUUUAUGUUAGGUGUUUUGGCUAACCCUGAUGCUGUUGUGUCCUCUCCCGUACCUCAGUUGUCCAUACCCAUCAACAGUCAUUUUCAGAUAGUGCGACAGGCCGAAGAAGCGCUGUUCAUUGACUUACCAUUAAAAACUUGCAUUAGGAUUCGUGUCAGAGGGGAGAAAGCCCCAGAGCUGGUGCUGGAGUUACAGGACGAUGAGCGCAGCCAGUCUUUCUUCUCCCAGGUGAAGAGAGCCAAGCAACAAGUGGAGUCCAAAAGCACACAAAUCAAAGUGAUGGAUCCCAUCGUACCGGCUCCCAUAAUGUCGUCUCCUCGCAAAGUUUCUGCCCCAGUCCCACCCAUCCCUCCACAAAGAGGGAUCCACAAAGCUGUCAACUCUCAUACCAAGCCCACCGGCGUACCGCCACCGCCUCCAAACCUCAACAAUAGCUCUUCAGCUAACCAGACCUGCACAGCUAUGGAUACAACCUGCACAGCAGAUAGACAGGACACAGCUCUCUCCCUGGCCACGGACUUUGGCUUUGAGGACAACUUCAACCACUCCCUCAAAGUGGAGGAGAAGAAGAACCAGCAGAAUCGCAUUGUGCCCCCCCGGGAAGCCCCUCCAGUUCCCCCUCUACCUCCACGUAAAGGCUCGUACACUCCCUCCAAUCCUCUCCCCCCUGUUCCCAUCCCCACCUCCAAAGACAGAGCCUCGUCCAUACAGGCUAAAGAUGCUGCCUUCGUCACGCCUGCCAAAACAGAUCUUAGGACUGCAGUGGACCGGCCCACCUCGUGGAACGACAGCCCCACCACCAACAGCAUGCGGAAUGCCAUGUUCUCCACUCAGGCCGGCCAGAGAGAGUACCUCAUUAAACACCGCCUGGGCAAGAAGGAGAAGGAGUAUGUGGACAUCAAGGACUUCAGAUUGUUUACCGGAACGUGGAAUGUGAACGGCCAGUCCCCAGACAGCAGUCUAGAGCCCUGGCUGUGUUGUAACCAAGAACCUCCUGACGUCUACGCUCUGGGUUUCCAGGAGCUCGACCUGAGCACAGAGGCCUUCUUCUAUCUGGACUCGUCGAAGGAGCAGCUGUGGGUGGAGGCUGUGGAGAGAAGUCUUCACCCCAAAGCCAAGUACAAAAGGGUGCGCACCAUCCGACUAGUGGGCAUGAUGCUGGUGGUGUAUGUCAACAAGGUGCACAAGAAUCACAUCAAAGAAGUGGCUGCAGAGCAAGUGGGAACUGGCAUCAUGGGAAAAAUGGGGAACAAGGGAGGCGUGGCGGUGCGCUUUGUGUUCCACAACACCAGCUUCUGCUUUGUCAACUCCCACCUGGCGGCCCACGUCGAGGACUUUGAGAGGAGGAACCAGGACUACAAAGACAUCUGUGCCCGCAUGAGCUUCCACCUGCUAGACCACCCUCCCCUCACCAUCGUCAAACACGAUGUAGUGAUCUGGGUAGGAGAUCUGAACUACCGGUUGUUUGUGUACGAUGCAGCCGAGGUCAAACAGCUCAUCUCCCACAACGAACUACGGAAGCUGCAGGAGUAUGACCAGCUGAAUAUCCAGAGACAGACCAGGCGAGCCUUCACAGACUUCAUUGAGGGAGAGAUCAAUUUCAUGCCCACAUAUAAGUAUGAUGCCAAGACGGACCGUUGGGACUCUAGUGGUAAGUGUCGUGUCCCGGCGUGGUGCGACCGGAUACUGUGGAGGGGUAGUGACGUUAAGCAGCUCCACUACAGGAGCCACAUGGAACUGAAGACCAGCGACCACAAGCCCGUCAGCUCCCUCUUCAGCGUAGGGGUGAAGGUGGUGAACGAGGCGCGCCACAAGAAGGUCUUUGAGGAGAUUGUGCGCAUGAUGGACAGGAUGGAGAACGAAUUCCUCCCGUCUCUGUCACUGACCCACAGAGAGUUCACCUUUAAGGACGUCAAGUUCCGCCAGCUUCAGCGGGAGCGUUUUGUGAUCUCCAACGACGGGCAGGUCCCCUGUCACUUUGCCUUCAUUCCCAAGCUGAACGACUCACAGUACUGCAAGAAUUGGCUCCACGCCGAGCCCAGCGAAGGCUUCCUAGAGCCCAACGAAACUUUAGAGAUCUUCCUGGAUGUGUAUGUGAGCAAAGACUCGGUGACGCUGCUCAACUCAGGAGAGGACGCCAUCGAGGACAUUCUGGUGCUGCAUCUGGACCGAGGCAAGGACUACUUCAUCACAAUCUCAGGCAACUACCUGCCCAGCUGCUUCGGUACCUCACUGGAGACCCUGUGCCGCAUGAAAAAGCCCAUCCGGGAGAUCCCCAUCAUCAAGCUCAUCGACCUGGGAGAGGACAGCUACAUGGAAAAGGAGAAGUCCAAGAUGAGCUUCCUUAUGGUGGACAGUGCUGGCACGGAGGACAAGCCUUUAAAAAUCCCCAAGGAGGUGUGGCUGCUGGUGAACCACCUCUUUACCAAGUCCUGCCAACAGGAGGACCUGUUCCAGACACCGGGCCUGCAGGAGGAGCUGCAGAGUAUCAUUGACUGCCUGGACACCAGCAUUCCUGACUCCAUCCCUGGUUGUAACCACUCGGUGGCCGAGGCCCUGUUGAUAUUUCUGGAAGCUCUGCCUGAGCCAGUAGUGUGUUACGAGAUCUACCAGCGUAGCCUGGACUGCUCCCACGACAGCCGCCUCUGCAAACAGUUGAUCUCCCAGCUGCCCCGGGCUCACCGCAACGUGUUCCGCUACCUGAUGGCCUUCCUCAAGGAGCUGCUGAAAUACGCCCACAACAACAACCUCACUGCCAACCUCAUAGCUACCCUCUUUGCCAGCUUGCUCAUUCGGCCCCCGCCCAAAAUGGUGGGCCGACAGACCCCGCAGGAUCGACAGAGAGCCGUCAUCUUCAUCCUGGGCUUCCUCACGGGAGGGGACGACGAGUGAGGGGUUAAGAGUCAGGGGUCAGGGCUCAGACAUCCUCCAGGCUGGACCUUUUGGUAACUGUUAUAAGAGUGGAGUUUUGGUGCACACAAGACGUGUGUGUGGGGGACCAUGGUGUGACACCCCUGACGCCCCCUGGCCCUUAGGGGACGUGUGUUGGAUCCUGUGGUGGGAGAACAAACAGUGUAGUUAUAUGGGACCCUCUCUUUUUAUCACAGGCUCUUAUCAAUGCCCCAGCCCCCAGCCUUUGUAGUUCUGUGCUUCAGUCCCUCACAACCAUCACUAUAGUUUUCACCUCUGCUCAUAGUGUAGCUGCAGGACCAGGAGUUUAGGUGUUGGUAGCUUGGAGUGACAGUGAACUGACUGAUGCCUCUCUGCACAUUUUGCUGUACCAGAAUACCUGUAUGCCCUGUCUAUGGAUCACCCCGCCCCAGGUGACCCCCUAAGACCCCCAUGCAUCAUAUAACAUGUUCCAUGCCAAAAUGACUCCCUAUACCUGAUCUGAAUUUGAACUCUGAAUGAAAAUACAAUAUGUGUGUAUGUAUGUGUGUAUGUAUGUAUGUAUGUAUGUAUGUAUGUACGAACCCAUAGAUACUAAGAUAAUGAUGAAUUGUUAGUCCAUGACACUAAAGAUGGCCCACAUGGGUGGUCGUCCAGAAGAUUUGAAUUGCAGCUACCCGAUGGAUACUUCUCUCGGGGUGAACUAUUCAAACCAUCAGUAGACAGUGAUAUUGGGCACAAAAUACUUCUAGUGAACACAGAGAGACUGAGUAAAUCCUUGCUUGUCGGGACAAUCUGAUAAUGGAAGAUUUCCAUUGUUACAAGAGAACGAUGACAGUGGGGAGAAGUCCCGUCUGGGUUCUUGUGAUAUUGGGAGAUGUUAGAAUGAUCAGUGGGCUGUACUUUAAACUAAUGUUAUUUAUUCUCUUCCUUGCAUUACUUUUUUUCACCAUCUUUAUAGUUUAUUUCACCUUCAUAAUUAUUUUUAAGAGACCACAUUUUGCAUAUUGUUUAACUGCCCUUGGUUGUUCAAACCCACCUUUUCGCUUCUGCCAUUCUGAAACACGUGUCGUUCAAUAUCAGUGAGAGUACAUUGCAACUCUGAACCCGUCACAAUAGAGUGAUCAGUCAUCACGCCUGCAUUUCUUUGCCAUUUUUAUGGGCCAGUUUUUCAGACCCAGAGAUGAACAUUCUCUAUUGAGCAUGCUUUUUUAAGUUCAAGAGUAGGCUUUUAAUAUGAGUCCCAGAAACCAGCCCUACAGAACAUCAGAGAGAGAACACCUCUAGGGUAUCGAUGUCUUAACUGUUGUAAAUAGUCCUCCUGUCCCCAUUGCCCACGAUGUUUGACUCUGCUGUCAACUCUUACUAUGCUGGUGCAAACUGUGUGUUCUUGUGUUUUCAAAAUGUAUGUGCUGUGUGUUCGUCAUGCAGGUGGUACCGUCGUUUUUAAUGUCUGCCAUGUGUCCUCAUUUAGUUUUUUCUUUCCUUGCUUCAGCCUCACUAUCUGCCUUCAUGCCGAUGUAGAGCUUCGUUGUUUUGGGCUUGUGUGCUCAUGCAAGGGUAUUUUUUGUCACUUUGUCUCCCGCAGUAUAUUCAGACAAUAUAAUGUUCUUUUUUGCUUUCUGUGUGUCCCAAAUGGCAGCCUAUUCCCUUUAUAGUGCUCCACUUUAUUCCAGAGCUCUGAUCAAAAGCACUGCACUACAUAGGGUGCCAUUUCGGACACACUCUUUUAGUUUUUUCAGUGACUAAGCAUUUUUUACAGUGCAGGUUGAACAGGAUUUAGUUGUUCAUUACACCCUGAGAAACGAAAAUGGUUUUCCAGACACAUGAUCUUUUCCGGGCCACAAAGGAAAUGUUUUUUUCCCAAACGCUGUCGUGGAUUGUGUUAUGGUUAUGAAAUGGGGAACUCCAAUGCCGUGCAAUUUCAACAGUGUUUCCUCCCUGUGUUUGACACUGUCUAGUAAUUUUAGCAGUAAUAUGUCAAAAUUUCUCCUGGUCGGCACUUUACAGGCCGGUUAUGUGACACGGUUGGUAUAUGACACCCGUUUCCACUGGAACUGUAGCCCUGGCGUACGUCUCCAGUCAACUAAUCAUGCCAGAAAAGCCUGUUACUUAGUCAACAGACACUUCAAGACUAGCCUGGUUCCGUACACUGUAUGUGGUGUAGCCAACCCCUCUGUUGUCAUUCCAUGCUAAGGUAUGACAUCGAGUAUUGAUUUGCCUACAGCAUACACAGUAUGGAACCUGGCUACUACAGGUCCAGGCUAAUAAAUACAUUUCAAACAGUGUUUCAAUGGGUUAAAUAACAUUAUAGCUAACACACCGACAGUCUUGCCAGAAAAAGCCUGUACUUCGUAAUCUUGUUUAACAGGCAUUGCUGGACCAUUGCUACACCAGAAAAUGCGUUCUGAGGCGGAAGCUUUUGUUUCAGUAUGUUAUGUAAUCUUAUAGCUUUAACACUGACAGUUCGUUAAUCAAAGCACUUACCGGUUUCUAUGUCAGUGUUAGCUCUGUACCUGAAAGGAGUUUGAGUGGAGUGGGCCUUGUGUACAUUUCUGUGCCUCGCUGCAAUCAUCCCAUACAGUAUAUUUCUACAAUGGGCCAGGCAUGCCUUUAGCAUUCCUGAGAGUUGUCAUAGACUUAAGCGCUUUGCUUAGGUUGGCCAAACCAUGGCUGGCCCUGGAUGGAUUUGUCCUUCCGUUUGUCUCCGAGUCAAAAGAGGAGGAAUGGGAAAUCUGGUAUUUUAAUCUCAUUCACAACACGAAGCUUUUAAAUCAGAAAUAAGGCCAACCCAAGCUGAGGAGAGAUUGUCAGGACUGAAUAGUCAUAUUUGGGAGAGAACUCCACACUCGUGUUUCCUUAUUUCUCUUCAUCUGGCGCCUGUCUGUGUAUUCAUGUGUUGGUUAAUGCGCUCUGCUCCUCUUCAUGCCUCAAGUUUUGUAAUGGUCUGUCUAGUAAUAAUGCUACAUAUGCGAAGGAAAACUUGCACAAAUGUUUUCAAUGUAUAUUUUGUGUGGUACUUUUAAUUUAUUUAACGGAAAUAAAAUAAUGUACAAAAAGCA